AUGAUCACUGCUGAAGAGCAUGCACAUUUCAUGCAGCAGAAUGGAGUUGCCAGAGUUAUGAAUACGUAGCAAGUAGACUUGACCACUGGGAAAACAGCGUAAUACAUACACUUUGCCGUAUGUGGUGUGUCCGGAGCUGGAAAGUCUAGUUUUCUUAACAGCAUACGAAGGUAAAUACAUCAUUACACCCAUGCAGACCAAGGGCGCACUGAGCAGUACAAUAGUAAAAAAAAAUUAGUUUUGCGCAGUACCAACAGCCUGUCCGAUAUUUUAUUAUUGUAGUUCCCUAAAAAGAUAACACUGGUUUCAGUUUAGAAGAAGUCAAAUACAAGUGCAUGUAACAUAAUUAAUAUAUAGCAACGGGCACCCAAACAGUGGUGUUUUUAUUCCUAACUGAAGUUGCUAAGGCCAAAUAUAAGAUUUUGUAGACUUGUAAUUUGCAAAUACAUGUAUUUCAACGUUUGUUCCUGCGAUGUUUGUGCUAGACUUGAUAACAUUUGUGAAGACACCGCAGAGGUCGAUGUCGAAGAGAGCAUUUAAGAGCCGAAAUGUUACGUGCAUCCCAGCAACCCCAAAAUCAAGUUUUGGAACUUACCAGGGAUAACAGAGCAGCGGCGUUUAAGGGUGAUCUGGAGAAGUACUUCAAACUUUAA